CGUGCGUGCGUGCGUGCGUGCGUGCGUGCGUGCGUGCGUGUGCCCCCGGCGGCACGUGUGUUGUUGGCGCGGGAGCGCGCGGCGGUAGAAGGGGGAACGAGCGCGAACCGAAGCAGCCAGGAUUACUCCAAACCGAGGAAAUAUGAGCAUUGCUGCCCUAUUACAAGCCGCCGAGUACAUUGAACGAAGGGAAAGAGAAGCUGAACAUGGCUAUGCUUCAACGAUGCCAAUACCCGACGAUAUGCGGACGAUUACAAAGAGGCCAAAGACGAAGAAGUCCCAAGGCAGCAGGACGACUCAUAAUGAGUUGGAGAAAAAUAGGAGAGCCCACCUUAGGACUUGUCUCGAGAAGCUGAAGCUGCUGGUGCCACUCGGGCCUGAAACCUCGAGGCACACCACGUUGGGCCUUUUGACCAAGGCCAAGCGUUUUAUCAAGAGCCUGGAGGACCGCGAACGUAAGCACGCCAUACACAAGGAACAGCUGUCGCGCGAGCAUAGGUUCCUGAGACGGCGGCUCGAGCAGCUGACGAACCAGACCGGCCUGCACGGCCUUCAUGCGCUUCACGGCCUCCACGGGCUCAGCACGAGCGCGCCGACCGGCUCCGUCGCCGCUGCCGCCUCCGCGGCGAUGCUGUCCAAGCGGCGCAGCAUCUCCGAGUGCUCCCUAGGCACGGCGUCCACCAGCUCGACUGGAAGCUCCAGUAACUCGGACAGGUCUGCAGGUAGCCCAUCAAUCUCGGAGUCCGAUGAAGUGGAUGUGAUUGGUUACACGAGCAAUCAAUCAGACACCGAUGAUCAUAGUAGCGUACAGAGUAGUAGCGACAGCGGUGUCGCGAUGUCCACCUCCAGACUGACUCUUUCCGAGAUGAUGGACAAUCUUUAGACAAAGAGGCGGUGCGAUGGCGGCGAAAGAAGAAGCGGUUGAAGAAGGAAAAGAGGGAAGAAUAGGGAAGGGGAGAUAGAGCGAGAAAGGAAGAAGAUCCAUCGGGGCGUACGAAAAUUGACGGCGCGCGAGAUAUCGACUCAUACACACAUUACAUAUAUACACGUAAAAUGCACAUUUAAAUUCGUACUCAAUGCAACUUUGUCCUUCCAAAAUGGCCUGACUGGCAAAGCAACGUUAGAGAAGAAGGAGUCCUUUAGAUGUCACUCGACUUUGCGAAGAUCCUCGAAGAACGGAAUAGAUUUCAAACAUCGGAAAUGAAGGGUACGAGAGACUUGAAUUGCCAAGGCUCGGAGAACAUCAAUCGUGACGCAAAGGAGAAGAAAAUAGGGGAAACGAAAUUAUCCUUGAUACUAUCUCGGUUCUAGCCUACAAUAUAAAAAAUAGUCUUCAGUACUUUUGUUGAAUAUUGCGAAGAAAAGACAAUUGACCCGAAGAAAAGAUAUCCAUUAAAGAAUCCGAGAGAGGAAGGAAGAGAGAGGAUAGAAUAGGAAAACUAAAGACGGAAGAAAUGAUCCACCUAAAGUGCAUAUAGGAAGAAGGCGGAAGUAACAGCUUAGGAAGAGACUGAAGAAAGGAUAUAUAAAAUAGACUUUAUCAAGUUUUACAGCUAUGUUUUAUAGCUAAAGAGAACAACAUUUGGAAAGAAAAUGAUUCACCUGGACAAAAGACAAGAGCAUCAGGGAUAAAGAAAGGGAGUUAAGAA